AUGCACAAACCUCCGCCAUGGCUUAAAGGUACGAAUUCCUCCACACAGCCCUGUCUCUCAAUGGUGGUAUGGGCUAAAUCUCAGUACUUCGGCUGCGGCGUAGCGUACUGUCCAACGCUGACCCAUCCAGGUGUUGAGGAUAAGAAAUACGCUGUAUAUGUUGUAUGUAACUACUCUCCACCCGGCAACUACAACGACAACCGUCCUUACAAUGCGGGUACCUCGUGCUCGGAGUGCCCAGCCGAUACAAAGUGCAAGAACAAUCUCUGCAGCGAAUGUAAUGGUGUUUGUGGACAUUAUACACAGGUGGUAUGGGCUAAAAGUACAAAGGUAGGCUGUGGUUACGCCAAGUGUCCCACUCUAAAGAUGCCCAGUGGCAAUACGGUGAAGAAUGCCAUAUUUGUGGCGUGUAACUACCAGGUUGCCGGGAACUACGCUGGUCUUCCGCCGUUCACAAUGGGUAAAAAAUGCUCCAAGUGCCCCUCAGGAACCAAAUGCAAGGACAGUCUCUGCGUCCCGAAGUAACAGACGAGAAUCACAUGGUGUCUGUAUACGAUGAAUAUAUGCUUCUGUUAAAACCAUUAUCACCAGGCAAAAGUGCCCAUCUACAUGUAUUAUCUUUUUACUGUAAACACAAUAAAAACUAUGACUAAUCA